UUCUGGCAGUCACGUGGGUGGGACGUCUUCGCUCCGCAAUCAUUUCCCGCGAAAAUUUACGCGCCCGCAAUACAUUGGUGCCGUUCGUACAACUGAAGGGACGAACGUUUUCCAUACAAAUUUCAUGUUAUGUUAAUGUGCAACGAUUUGUCUGUGUGUAUUUUUUGAUCGUGAGAGCUCAGUGAUAUUUAUUGGAACUUUUUGUUUGUGCAAGGAUUUUUUCUAGUGAUCGCAUCGAAAUAUCACGUAGUGUAGCCAAUGCCCCCGUACCAAGUGUGUUAACGUGGAUGCGGUAACGGGCGGCGAGCUGGCGUGGUACGGGGCCGGCGGGGGGGCGAUGCAGGCGGGCGGCGGCUGGUUCGUGCCGUGGACGAUGGGCAUGCAGAAGUUCGCGGUCGCGCUGCCGAUGGGUGGCGUAGUGCCGCUCGUGCCGCCGCUGCUGGCCGCGCUGCCGCCCGCGCCGCCGCCGCUGAGGCUCAUCGCGCCGCCGAUGCAGCAUCAGGCGAGGAAGGGCGAAAAGGACAAUGGCAAGAAUUGUAUUCUCUCCUGCGAGAAGCGGAAAGCCGAUGACACUGACAUUAAUAAGGACUUGAAGAAGGCUAAGCUAGAGACAAAGGCGCUAAAAGCCAAAAGACCGGGUUUCACGGACGACAGGUACAACGAAACGUCGUACUACAUUGAGAACGGACUCAGGAAAGUGUACCCCUACUACUUCACAUUCACCACUUUCACGAAAGGGAGAUGGGUCGGCGAGAAGAUUCUAGAUGUGUUCGCGCGAGAGUUCAGGGCGCACCCCGCCGCCGAGUACGAAAGGUGCAUCAGAGCUGGCACCCUCACGGUCAACUACGAAAGAGUCGACCCAGACUAUAGGCUCAAACACAACGACCUACUCGCUAACGUCGUCCAUAGGCACGAAGUUCCUGUGACCAGCCAACCGAUCACCCUCGUUCAUAUCGACGAGGACAUAGUGGUUGUCAACAAACCAGCCUCUAUUCCUGUGCACCCAUGUGGACGAUACCGUCACAACACGGUGGUGUUCAUACUCGCCAAGGAGUACAACUUGAAGAACCUGAGGACCAUUCAUAGACUGGACAGGUUGACGUCAGGUCUCUUGUUAUUCGGGAGAAGUCCAAAGAAGGCGAGACAGAUGGAACACCAGAUCAGGAACCGGCAAGUGCAGAAGGAAUACGUUUGCAGGGUAGACGGAGAAUUCCCUGACAGUGAGGAGAUCGAGUGCACGGAGCCUAUAGAAGUCGUCAGCUACAAGAUUGGGGUUUGCAAGGUGUCCCCGAAGGGCAAGGACUGUUCCACCGUGUUCAAGCGGCUCGGCUACAACACCCGUACGAACACCAGCGUCGUUCUGUGCAAGCCGAAGACUGGAAGGAUGCAUCAGAUCAGAGUGCACUUGCAGUAUUUAGGUUAUCCCGUGGUAAACGAUCCUCUCUACAACCAUCCCGUAUUCGGUCCACUGCGAGGCAAGGGUGGAGACACGGGCGGCAAGUCUGAUGAGGAGCUGGUGAGAGACCUGAUCGCGAUACACAAUGCUGAGAAUUGGCUCGGAGUGGACGCGGGAGAUGAUGAUAUGCUGUUCUCUAAACCGGCUGCUGAUGAUAAAGUUGGUGAAGACGAAUGUGACACGGGGCCAGCGUCACGAGAGUCAUCUCCGAGAUUAGAAUCACCGGCGCCCGGCUUGACGCCAGCUACUGUUAUGACACCGACGCUAGCUAGUCCGUCAAGCGGUGCGGAGGCGCCGGCGGACGCGUGCGCGCACUCGCCCGCCGCGUCGCCCAACAUCAACGAAGACUCGAAUGAUGCUAAGUCGGAAAAAGUCACAGUAGCCACGCAGACGGGCUGCAGCCCGGCAACCCAAGUGGGGCCCGCUGGGACCCCUGGGUCCGCGGGGUCCACAGUGGCCCCGGCCCCGGGGUCCGCGGAGCCCGCAGUGGACCCGCACUGCUACGAGUGCCGAGUGAGAUACAGAGACCCCAGGCCGAGGGACCUGAUCAUGUAUCUACACGCUUGGAAGUAUAAGGGACCAGGUUGGGAAUACGAGACGGAGCUUCCACAGUGGGCGAGCGUGGAGUGGGAAGAGCAGGAUAGUUCAUAGUCACAGCAACUGCCGCCACUGGGGACGCGCCAUCUCACAUCUCUACUGAACACACACAACAAUUGAUAAUAAAGAUCCAGAAGACAUCAAACUGACUGAUAAACAUAAUGAAGAUCCAGAAAUUAAAGGUGACAUCAUUUUAGAUCGUAAUACACAUAUAAAUAAAGUAGAUUUUGAAGUUGUUAAAGAUAAUCAUGAGGUUGUUGAUAAUUAAUGUGAUGAUAUUGAUAAAAAACGCGCUCUCAGUGGAGUCGAAGCAGAUACCGAUAAUCACCUUGGCUGUUAUAAUGUUGAAGACGUAAGUUUUGUAAUUAACGUAAGAUUAGAUGUAAGUGUACCCUUUUCGUUUGGUGAGUUAUUUGCACUUCUGAUUGUUUUCUCCUAAAUUUUUGUAGACGUUCGUUUCUAACGUACUUUACGUUUUGUUUAAGGUUUAAUCCGUUCAGUUCCUAUGUUAUGUCGGGCCUAAAUGUUUCGUCAAGCUUAUUGUAGAUAUAGUGUUGUAAUUUUGUAAAAAAAUAUCAGUAAUAUUUUAAUAGAUCGCUUUAAUAUAGCAGGGUGUUAAUACACGAGUAUAAGAUCAUCACGGCUAUUGUAUUUUUUAUAGAGAUUUUUGUUCUAUCUCUUUCGAAUUAGCAGUUAUUAUUAUUCAAAAUUGUUUUUUGUUCGAUGAAAUCUGGACCACUAUUAAAAUUUCGUAGUAAAUAUAAUUAUUAAAGUAUGACCACUGUUUAAACAAGAAUAACAUCUAAAUAAGUUAGGUAAUAUAAAUAUGAAAGCGUAAAAUAUGUAAAAUAAACAUUUUCGUCACUUUGGCUUCCAUAGUGUUUGAGUAGUGAAACAAUUUGUAAAUAUUUGAAAAAUUCAAAAGAUUUUUAUACUUUAGUAAAUGUUUACGAUAUCAAUAUUGUUAUCAGAUUCUUUAUUAUUUGCGUCCUUUGUUCAGUUUUCUUCAUUAUAUUAGAUUUCAUUAUUUUCGUUUCGAUUUCGCAUUUAUUUUUUAUUUCUUAUCGAUUACAGCGAUAUUUUCUAGUUCUCUAUUUAUCAUAACCAAAGUAACAGCGGAGGUUUUCUCCAAAGAUAUUUUAAUACCAAGUAGUCGAUCAUUUAUAGUCAAAGCAGCACAUUUAAAGACACUUAGAGUUUUUUUAACAUUAAGUUUGCGUGUUAUCGUUUAAGAGGAACCAAUUUUAGUUUUAUGCGUUUUAUUUGGAUUGUUCUUAAACCGUAGAUAUAUGAUAUUCGUGUAUAACGUUAGCAAGUAUUAUAAUAAAAGACAAUUCUUACUGUAACUUUGAUAAACAUAUUUUCACGAGCUUUCAAUAAAUUAAUUCUAUGGAAAUAUAUAUUUUUCGUACUUUUAGUGUAGACGUAGCGCGUAUCUGUCUUUCUGUUGUAUUUAUGCAAUGAUGGUUUGGAGUAAACGGUUUUGAGUAAAUGUUAAGUUUUAGCAUUCACUAUUGCGUCUUCGCUUACUUUUUUCAUUGAUUUUCACUUUGUUCGUAUGUCAACAUCAAAUUACUUGAGAACUGAGCAUAUUUGCGAAAGAAGAAAAAUUAUUGGAUUUAUUAAAAUUUGUCAAUUUAUUAAUCGUGAUGUAUCAAAAGCAUUUAUUAAAGUUAAAAAAAGUUGAUUUUUAUGAUCGUAGAAUUUUGCAAUCCAUCUUGUAGCUCAAAGGAUCACACAAUCUUGUUUACGUAAUGAGAACCGACAUAAAUGUUUUUUUUAAUGCACGAACAAAGUGGAUUUCAAUUUUACUGCUGCCGAUUGCUGUCCUGUACAUACGCUAAAUGUGCCAUCAGAUACGUUUUCCAUCAUACAAUCUAUCUGUUUUGGGAACAACUCUUGUAAUAAGUAAGAAUUUAAAUAUUCGUAGAACCGUUCGCUUGUUUAGAAUGUUCAACACUGUUUUAUUUUGGAAAUGUAAUACUGUUUUCAAUCAUUUGUUUUAUUAGUUGUGAGUCAUCUUGAAAUUCUCGUAAAUAGUCGAGAUUAUGAUAUCCAAUAUUAGUUUGUUUGGAACAUCAUUGGAUAAUGGAUAUGUUAACGUAAAGAGGUAUACAGUGGCAUAUCACCUUAGCCAAGCCUAUUAAAUGUCGUAGUCGAAUAGGCUUCGCGUAUUGUUGUAUUUUUAUAGUGUGUAAGAAUUUGUUCAUUGUAUGUAUUAACUAAGCGUUUAUGCUGUGGGAUCGCCUCACACAACCGUUUCUCUUAUUUUACAAGUAUAUCAAAACACCUUUUUGAACGCUUGGGCGGUUUAUUUAUUCGUAAGAAAUUUUCAUGUGCCUUCUGAAAAUAAUAAAAAAAUGAAUAUUGAUAAAAUUGUGAACGUUUUUCCGUACGGUUUUUUGUAAUUAAAGAUAAGUAGGGUUACAUUCGGAUAUCGAGUUUGCGUGGUGGUCGAGAAACGAAAUUUUAUCCGAUUCUCAAUAUAUUUUGACAAUAUUUGAAAAACCAAUGGUGAAUUAGUCAGAAUUGUUAUUUUCUAUAUCGAUUAGUGUUUUCUUGUCACCAACAAACUCGAACUAGGCACAAUUUUGCACAUGAUAUGUUGCAUUGUUUUUAACAAUAAUUAUUAUUUGAAUACCGGAGUGUCAUGUGUAUGGCUUGAUUAGGAACAUUUGUAACGCUGGACUUUACUUCACAGAUAAAAAAAUAUAUUUUCAACAUUAUUUUAUCAAUCAAUUUACAAUGUUAUUGUUUAUAUUACACAAUAUAUACCAGUUUGGCCUUUUAUUGUACAAGCUUAAAUUCAUAAAAGAUCGUUUUAUUUUCUUUCAAAAGGACUUUUAAGUCAUCCUUUCAUUGUGUGACACGCGAUCAAUCGCUCCUCAGGUUCCCAGACAGAAUUGUGUGCUAACGAUAUCAAUGCCAUAUAAGAGCUUUAUUGAAAAAAACUUAUCUAUAAAGCGUGAAGGUCUGGUAUUAAAAAGGUAUUGCGAAAGGUAAAAGUGGAAUUAUAUUUGGCAUUGAAGACAUUACCUACCUAUUUGUGUGUCAAUGUUUUAUAUAAAUUUCUAGUCUCUCUUGAACGCUAUUCUUAAGUUUGGAAGAGAUAGUCUGCAACAACAUUUACAAGAAUUUUGUGUAAUAUGAUAUUUUACUGGGAGAAAGAAUAGAAAAUUGUUAUGGUGUUCCGCAAGGGAGUAUCUUAGGGUUCGAACUGUUUCUUAGUUAUGUAAAUGAAAGAUCAAAUGUUAACUAAUUUAUAUGUCUAUAAAAUGAUGUUUUAAUUAUCUGUGAAGUAUAGCAAGCGACUGGCACUAGCCGAUUAUUGUUUUAUUUUUCAACGAACAAUGAAAGACAUUUUGUUAUUUUGUAUAAGUAUUUGGUAAUUAAGAUAUAUUAGCGUUUCCUUCUUUAGAUACGUGUUGUAAUGAUUCAUGUUUCCACAUAAAUUUAAUUAGAAUAAACUUCAUCAUUGAA